AUGAGGACUGCAUCCCACGUCGACGGCUUCCCUCCCGGCUCUCUUCUUCGACCGAAGCGUCAGACGGCCCCGCUUAGGCGAGGGCUCGAAGCGGACGCUGACCUCAGGAAGUCAAAGGAGCUGCACAGUGUCCGGCUGUCCGCCCCGGCGAGCGGCAAGAAGACGAAUCGACGCUACGCUGUGAGACGGGAAGAAGCGAAGCACGCCGAACUGGUUGCUUUGCCUUCAUCUUCCGAACUUCCCCGACCUCUGGCUUUCACGUUUGCAUUUCCUUCCCGGUCCUCUUCCUCCGCUUCAGAGUGCAGUUCUGAGGGAACUCGGGCGACCGUUUCGUCUCUCGGGAAGAGAAAAAAGACCGGAGGCAGCUGUUCGCGUGCCUCGACCUGUCGACUCGUCAAAGUGAAUAAGCUGCAGAGCGUCCCGCCCGUUGAAGCCUUCGCGAGCUCCCGUUUCCGGGACUGGAUUGUUCCGCAGAAAAAUCCCAAGACGAAGGUCGGAGUCGCCACGCGCAUUCUUUGGGGCCGGUUGCCUCCCCAGACAGAUGCCGAGCGACGGGGCGCCCUUGCAUGCGCCGACGCGUCUUCUCUGCACACCGGUGUGUUUCCUGGGUCGUUCUCUCGCUCGGCCCUCCCUUCUCUCUCUCCGGCUUCUUCUUCUUCCCUUUCCGCGGUUUCCGCUUCGCCUGCAGCGCGGCCCUCGGCGCCUAAGAGUUUUCUCGAUGUGCCGGCACAGGGCGAAGAACUGGAUCGAGGCGAAUCCGCCGCGAAGACGGCAAACCCGGAAGAAGGAGACGCAGCGAAGCUGCAAGAAGCCGAGGGGGGAAGUGGGGAAGUGACGGACAGCAAAACGGACAACGCAGAGGCGGAGCAAGAGGAAGAGGAGAAGACGGCGAGCAAGGAGAGGGACGAAGACACUCCCGAAGGAAAGAGUGGAGAUCUGCAAACGGGGAAACGUUCAGGGGGGGUGGAUGCGUCCCAGAGGAAGCGCAUCGUCACGGGGACUACGGGUCGGAAGCCCGCUGCAUUCAAGACGCCUAGGGCACCCCAGGGGCUGUCCCUUUUUUCGUCGCAGUCCCCUACGGCGGCGGGCUCUCCUAGACCUCUUGUCUUUUCCCCAGAGAGGCUGGCAUUUCUGUCUCCCAGAGCGGACGCCGGAAAAGGGACGCAAGAGGUGGGAGCCAGGGCAAACUUGCCAAGCCGCGCAGGUUUCCGUGUGCUGAGGAAUUCGUUAGGGCAGAUGCCGUUGCCCCCGCGCAGGCUCCUCGCCACGAAAGCGAACGGCUUACCUCGCUCUUGCCUUCAGUUGCUGCAUGCACGCGGCAAAAGGUUGGAAACCAAGGAAGUGCGACAGGGGACUGAAGUGAAGGAGGCGCACGCGACCGCCGGACGGCGAAACGUGAGACAGGGCACUCAAGCGGACCCGAAGGAAGACGACAAGAGAGAGGAUGGAGACUGUGACCAGGACGAGGCCGAGAGAGAAGAUGCUGAGGACCAAGGGCGAGCCUCAGGCGAGCCAGUCCCAGAAGAGCAGCGUCCCAAGCAAGGGCGAGAGGAAGUCGAGGGCGGCGAAGCGCCGGAAGAGCUCAGGAGAGCUCGACGAGGUGACGCCGAGGCCCCAGACGGCAGGGCGUCCGCCGCCUCACCUAGUGGACGCCGAGGCGCACGACGUGGAACUGACCAGCGUCGUUCGAACGCGCAUGCAGCCAAGACACCCGAGACACUGCACUCGCCAGGCAGUGCUCUUCCCCAUCGCGCGUCACGACGUCUACGGCAGGCGUCUCCUUCGCCGUCUUGCUUCCCUCGGUUCCUCUCUUCUUCCUCUGUCCCCGCCUCGCCUUCCGCCUCGCCGUCGUUCGCCUCUCGCGGCUUCGCCACGUGGCGAGAGAGCGGCCGGGGCGAGAGACUGGCGUCUUGCGGGCCUCUGGUGGAGACUGGGAAAUGCGCGUCAACGACUGUGGCAGGUCUGCCCGAUGCGGACGCAGUUUCUCGCUCCCAGCCUUCGCAGUGGCGUGGGGCUCGAUCUCGGUGCGACGGGAGCCGUGCGCCGACUUGCCUGAGUGCGCGGCUGUCGAUAAGACCCGACUUGCUGCUCGCCCCGGAAGCCGCUUCCUUGCGGUCCCGAUCUGCAGCCAAAGCUGUGCCUCGCUCGCCGUGUUUUCCGUCUUCUCCGCUGUACUUCUUUUCGCCGCGCUUCGCGGAGAGCGGAUCCCAGACCCGCGAGUGCUUCUUGACCCCCGCAGAGAGACGUCUGCUCCGGGGCAGUUCGGGAGGCGAGAAGGAAGGGCGAGGCGACGGAGACAGCAGACAAGACCGAGGGCGGAGAGACAGAACAGAGCGGAAACUCGCGCAUCUCGACGAAUCCCUAUACUUCACGUUCAAAUACACAAAGGUCGAUGGGAAGCUUGCGCCUCUUGCGAAUCGCCAGAAAGUCCUCGAGGCGCUCCACGUUCUCCACACGUUGUACGGCUCCGAGAUUUGUCGGCACUUUGGCCUCAGGUACACCUUCCUUGCAGAGCACCACCCGACAGAGAAGAAGGCGGGCAUCACAAUGAAGAAGCCGAUGCAGGCAAAGCCUUUGAAGCCAGGCGACAGCCGCCCUGCGCUGGAACAUCGGUCCCUGGCAACGAUUCGACUUCGAUUGAGGAAACGCGAAGAUGUGGACGAACUCAUCGCUCGCCCUACUCAGCUCGCCGUCUUCUUCCACGAACUCGCCCAUCUUCGGCACAUGAACCACGGGAAAGAGUUUGCUCGAUUUCUUCGAGACAUCUUCAGCUUCGCCGCCUCCCGCGGGUUUGUCGAGCCGGGAAUGGCUAACGAGUUGCCGUCGCCGUGGAAAUGGGAACGGGAAGUUUUCGACCGCGCGGGGAACCUGACGAACGAGGAGAUUGACGCGCUCUUCGAGCAGGACGAGAAAGCCUUGGAAGCUGCACAUCUCCCGUGCUGCGCCGAGGGCCGGCCCUCCUCUUUGCCUCCCGGUGAUACGGCUUCUGCGGAACCUUCGGGAAGCCUCCCUCAGGAUGGUCUCGGCACCUUCUUGACGGAAUCGGAUGAGACGCUGGCGGCGCGCGCACCGUCUUCUUUUCCUUCUUCUUCAUCUUCUCCUUCUUCUCUUUCUUCGUCGUCUCCGUCUCCGGGGUCUCCGGCAGCUCCUCUGGUUGGCGACGCAGCGAGAAGGGAAGAGCAGUGUGUCCCUGGAGAGCCGUCUGGAGCCUGCGACAAAGUGGCGAAAAAGGCGAACCUCGGACCUGCCGGCCAAGACUGUUGCCAAGGGAACCGCUCGGGAUGCGCGAGGCCUCGAGGCGAUCUUUCAACGCACGAAAGGCGGGCACGAUCCAUGCGACCAGGACGGUUGUUGGCGUCUCCUGUGCGCAGCUCUGGCCAAGCCGAAAGGCGGGCAAAUCCCACUCGCAGUUCAGAGGGCCUCGCGAGGCUCGAUGCGGGUGCCGCUGGAGAGACAGAAGUCAGCUCUCGACGUUCAAGAACCGGAGGUCGGCACACGGAAGGAAGCGCACUGAGGCGCGUCGUGAACGCUCCCGCGGAUGGGGGUACACGCCAGGUGCUCGGCAGACUCCGCGGAAACGCAUAUGAGCCCGCAGCGUCUCCUAGGCCUCUGCUAUCUCAUCGAUCUCAGGAAAGGAGACUGAAGGACCGUGGAGGUUCCCCUCCUCUGUCUUCGCCUUCGACAGCCUGCUCGUCGGCCUGUCCUUCCCAGGCUGCCUCGUCCUUUGACUGUUCUUCGUGUCUUUCCUCGCCCCCCUCCGCUUCUGAGUCUUCUCCGCCGGAGUCUCAAGCGACAGGCUGCGCUCGGAUGUUAGCCGAACAGGUCACAGGUGCGCUGGUGAGGCUCUAG